AUGUCGCACCAACCUACUGUUGUCGAUGACGACAAGCACUACACCAAGGACCCUGUUGUGAACAGCAAUGGCAGCUACGGGGGAUCUCACGAUGAGGAGGUUGGAGUUGUCACAAAGGGCGAGCCCCUCCAGCGAAACCUGAAGAACAGACACAUGCAGAUGAUCGCCAUCGGUAAGCUUCACCGUACUCCCUUGUUCUUCUCGGGCCCUCGCAGUUUUACUGACUCUGUACUGCAGGCGGUGCUAUUGGUGCUGGUCUUUUCGUCGGUUCUGGUGGUGCUCUUCGAAGUGGUGGCCCUGCCGCCUUGGCCCUCGCUGAGAUGGCUGUCUUGUACCCCGUUAAUGGUGCCUUCUACACAUACGUCUGCCGAUUCGUCGACCCUUCCUGGCGAGUAUACACACAUCGCCUCGUUAGCCGACCCGGAAGGCCCUUUUUCUAACAUGUACACCAGGGGUUUUGCCAUGGGUUGGGAUUAUGCUAUCGCUUGGUUGACCGUCUUGCCCUUCGAACUCGUUGCCGCCAGUAUCACCAUCAAGUUCUGGCGCGAUGACCUCAACAUGGGCAUCUGGGUUGCUGUCUUCCUCGUCGUUCUCGGCAUUAUCCAAAUCUUCGGCGUCCGCGGAUACGGAGAGGUCGAAUUCGUUCUCAGUCUUAUCAAGAUUGCCGCCUGCAUCGGCUUCAUCAUCCUCGGUAUCGUCAUCAACUGCGGUGGCGUCGGCGACAAGGGCUACCUCGGUGCCAAGUACUGGCACGACCCUGGUGCGUUCCAGAACGGCUUCAACGGUUUUGCUGGUGUCUUUGUUGUUGCUGCUUUCGCCUUCGGUGGUACUGAGCUCGUCGGUCUUGCUGCCGCUGAGUCCGACAACCCGCGCAAGGCCAUCCCCAUGGCUAGCAAGCAGGUCUUCUGGCGUAUUGCGUUCUUCUACAUUGUCAACCUCUUCAUCCUUGGUCUCAUUGUCCCGGCCAACGACCCCCGCCUCUUGGGUUCCUCCGGCGCCAACACCAAGGCCUCCCCCUUCGUCCUUGCCAUCCAGGAUGCCGGCAUCAAGGUCCUUCCCUCCAUCUUCAACGCCGUCAUUACCAUUGCCGUCAUCUCCGUUGCCAACAGCUGCACUUUCGGUUCCACCCGCACGAUGCAGGCCAUGGCCGAGCGCGGCAUGGCUCCUCGCUUCCUCGCCUACGUCGACAAGCAGGGCCGUCCCCUCUGGUGCGUCCUGAUCCAGAUCGCCUUUGGUCUCCUCGCCUUCAUCGGAGAGUCCGCCGACAGCAGCACCGUUUUCGGCUGGCUCCUCGCUCUCUCUGGUCUCUCCUACUUCUUCGUUUGGGGCUCCAUCUGCCUGGCCCACGUCCGCAUGCGCAUGGCCUGGAAGGUCCAGGGAUUCACCCUCGACCAGAUCCCCUACAAGAAUCCCUGGGGCGUCUGGGGCAGCGCCGUCGGCCUGUUCCUCAACAUCAUCUGCCUCAUCGCUACCUUCUACAAUGCUCUCUACCCCUCUCCCAACGCACAGCCCGAUGCCACGGCCUUCUUCCAGGCCUACCUCGCCGCCCCGAUCGUUCUCUUCCUCUAUCUCCUCUGGAAGCUUAUCUCCCGCGACUGGCGCCUCUACGUGCCCCUCCGCGAGGUCGACCUCAAGUCAGGCGUCGUCCUCGCCGACCCCUCCGACGAGCCCGCGGAAGUCAAGACCUGGGCCAACCUCCCCAAGCGGGUGGCUCGUGCCUUGUUCUAG